UCAAGAGGAGCACAAAGUCCUGCAGACAACAUGGAUUUCUCUCCAACAAAGCUACACUUAAACCAGAGUCUUUCACCUCAACAGUGUAACCCACUGCAGCAAUGGGGCUACCCUGAUUCUGAAGGCUACUGUAGCUUGUCUCCAGCUUCAUCCAUUGAUUCAUCUGGGUUUUCACCUCCCUAUCCAUCCUGUGCCUUUGCUAAUGAGGCUUACGGCAGCAUUCAUACAGCUUUUACUCAGAUGGAAAAGCUGAAAAGCAAGCCACAAGACACUUCUACAAAGAAGGACCAGAGGAACCGGAAAGUGUAUGACCGAGUGAGAAACAGUGCCAGCGAGAGGGAGAAGAUGAGAAUGAGAAAUUUGUCCUCUGCUCUCCAGAACCUGAGAAGGUACUUGCCUCCAGCUGUGGCUCCAAUUGGCAAAACCUUAACAAAAAUUGAGACACUGCGCCUCACCAUCCGUUAUAUAUCCCACCUUUCUGAGGUUCUUGGCCUUGAUGAGGAGACUUUGAUCAAGAGAAGAGAGGAAGAGAUGAGAAGGUCCAACAUGUGCCAUAUUGGUCUGUGUUGUUGCCAAGACAGACAGCACAAUCUAUGCUCAGAAGCCAGGCCACAUUCUUCAGAGACUGUAAACUUGCCCUAUUUCUCAAGUUCUCCAAGACUGUUUCCUGAGCAAAACAUCCUUGAAGCACAAGAGCAAGAAUUUCAACAGCCAGCCAGAUGGGCCACUGACGGCAAAGCUUCAGAUCUGGGUGAUCACAUGAAAUCUUUCUCCUCUUGUGCGCUGGCCUCUGAACCAGUCAACAGCAUAGAUACAAAAGAGGACUUCACCAUACCCUCACCUAUUUCUCCAGACCAGGGAUUUUGUCAGAAUUUCAUUGAUGACAUGUGGGAUGAACUGCAACAGAAAGAUCUGUGGACAUCAUUUCAGCCACCCGAAACAGUUCAGCAUCUUGCAUAUUAAUCAUGUCUUAUUGAUAUUGUACUUAUAUACUUAAAUUGAAUCUCUUCUUGUGCAAAAUAUCUAUACAUUAAUAUAUAUAUACAUAUAGAGUUUAUAUUAUUUAACUGUAAAAAACAGAGACUUUUAUGCGUCGGUAAAAUAUUAAUUGUAAAUAUGAACUGAAAGUACAAAAUAUAUUUAUUUUAAAUGUCCUAUUGAUGUAUGUUGAGCUAUAUUUUUUCAUAUCUGUCAGUAGACAAUAUUUUUGCCAUUAGGGUAUGUACAUGUUUUGGAUAUUUACAAUACAGCAUCCCAUACCUCCACAUGUGUCACAUAUAUAAUGUGCAGGCGGCUGCCAUCUUAGAUUCAUGCUGUUAUCAGUAUCCGGUGUCAGUGUGCCAGUGACAAAGCAAUCACCACAGUUUAAAUUGGAUUUUUAUAUAGAUUUCUUUCACUUCUGAAUAUUAUAUAUAUAUAUUAUAUUUUGUACAUGCAUAUACUUGUAUCCUAAAAGCUAUAUAUUGUUACAUUCUACUAUAUAUUAUUGAAAGGCUAUGGCAUUAAAUAUACUGUCUUCUAAAAGAA